CAGAAUUUUGUUUAUAUGAUCUCUAAGCUUCUUAUUUUCUUAUUUUGUGUGUUCUUACAGUUCUUCUGCGGAUCUAAGAGCCUAAUUAAUUCUAGUUCAGCUAAAAGGAAUUUUUUAUUGGACACAUAUUUCAUGAGUAUAAAAGGAUUUUUUUGAGGAACUCUGUUUGUACCAUAUCUGUAGUGCUUUCAUUCAUAGUUCAUGAUUUCACUUCCGUCUCAUAGGAUUAAAAUUCUGCUUUGAGCUUUGAUUAGCUGGCUUAUAGUGACUUGUUUAUGACUCAUUUAAUCCAACUUGAAGUAGUUUUUGUGAAAAGCUCAUUUAAUCCUUGAUAAAAAGGUUGGAGCGACAGCGACUUGUCCUACUUGCAGAGCACUUGUAGUUGCAGGCCAACGCGGAGGAGAAGAAGAGAUGCCCGCGGGCAUGCCCGUUAGUCCGCAAAAAUAAGCGGAGCAUGCCCGUUUGACACCCCUACAUGCAAUGUGCCAUACGCAAAUAUUUAUGGGCCAAUUUCUGCUGGUCCAUAUGAAGCCCAUAUCCAAAUAUUUACUUUUGAGCGUCGUUUCAAAAUUAAGAUAAGAUGUUCCGAUAAACCUCUCUCAUGUUUCAGAGACACAAAGCCAUCUUCACGCAAAAACCUCUCACUCUGCGUUUCUAAUGGCGACUGUUCUCACUACAGCCAUUGAUGUCUGCUUCAAUCCCCAAAAUUCAGACACAAAGAAACACAGUCUAUUCUUAAAGCCUUCUCUUUUAAGACAAUCUCGUACUAGAAAACUCAACAUUUCUUGCAGUUCCAAACAACCUAAAACCCUAGAAGAAGAACCAAUCACCACAACAAAAACCCCAUCUCUAUCUGAGCAACUCAAGCCUCUCUCUGCGACAACACUCAGACAAGAGCAAACCCAUAUCUUGGCUAAACCGAAGUCUGUAUGGGUCAAUCCAACAAGACCCAAAAGGUCAGUUCUUUCACUUCAGAGACAAAAGCGUUCUGCUUACUCUUACAAUCAUCAAAUCAAGGACCUCAGGGCUUUUGCUCAGAAGCUCAACAGUUCUAAUUUCACUGAAAAGUCUGAGUUUUUAUCUCUUCUCAACGAGAUUCCUUAUCCACCCGAUAGAGAUAACGCAUUGCUUGUGCUAAACAGCUUGAGAGAAUGGCAAAAGACUCAUGUUUUCUUUAAUUGGGUUAAAUCCAAGAAUCUGUUUCGUAUGGAAACAAUAUUUUACAAUGUUACAAUGAAGUCUCUGAGAUUUGGGAGGCAGUUUCAGCUUAUUGAGGAGCUGGCACUUGAAAUGGUGAAUGAUGGUCUUGAGCUUGAUAACAUCACUUAUUCCACUAUCAUCACUUGUGCGAAAAGGUGCAAUCUUUACAACAAAGCUAUUGAGUGGUUUGAGAGAAUGUACAAAACUGGUCUGAUGCCUGAUGAGGUCACUUACUCUGCAGUUCUUGAUGUUUAUUCCAAGUUAGGAAAAGUUGAGGAGGUUCUUAGUUUGUAUGAAAGAGCUGUUGCUACGGGUUGGAAGCCUGAUGCUAUAGCGUUCUCUGUGUUGGGAAAAAUGUUUGGUGAAGCGGGGGAUUAUGAUGGGAUUAGGUAUGUUUUGCAAGAGAUGAAAUCUAUGGAUGUGAAGCCUAAUGUGGUUGUGUAUAAUACUUUGUUGGAAGCUAUGGGAAGAGCUGGGAAACCAGGUUUGGCUAGGAGUUUGUUUAAUGAGAUGCUUGAGGAAGGUUUAACUCCAAAUGAGAAAACUUUGACAGCUCUUGUUAAGAUUUAUGGGAAAGCGAGGUGGGCGAAAGAUGCACUUAACUUGUGGGAGGAAAUGAAGGUGAAGAAAUGGCCGAUGGAUUUCAUUUUGUACAACACAUUGUUGAAUAUGUGUGCUGAUAUUGGAUUGGAGGAAGAAGCUGAGACGCUGUUUAAUGAUAUGAAGGAGUCUGCGCAAUGUAUACCUGAUAAUUUUAGUUACACAGCCAUGCUGAAUAUAUAUGGGAGUGGUGGAAAAGCUGAAAAGGCGAUGCAAUUGUUUGAAGAAAUGUUAGAAGCUGGUGUUCCGGUUAAUGUGAUGGGUUGCACUUGUUUAGUUCAAUGCUUAGGGAAAGCAAAAAGGAUUGAUGAUUUGGUUUAUGUGUUUGAUCUCUCGGUUCGAAGGGGUGUUAAGCCUGAUGAUAGGCUUUGUGGGUGUCUUCUUUCGGUUAUGGCCUUGUGUGAGAGUAGUGAGGAUGCUGAAAAGGUUAUGGCUUGUUUGGAGAAAGCAAAUCAGAAGCUGGUGACAUUUGUGAAUCUGAUAGUAGAUGAGAAAACCGAAUUUGAGACUGUAAAAGAAGAGUUCAAGUUAGUGAUCAAUGCAACCCAAGUAGAGGCAAGAAGGCCCUUCUGCAACUGCUUGAUAGAUAUAUGCAGAGGCAAGACGCGUCACGAGAGAGCUCAUGAGCUUCUCUAUUUAGGAACCCUUUUCGGCCUAUAUCCAGGAUUACACAACAAGACCAUGAAAGAAUGGAGCUUAGAUGUGAGGUCACUAUCAGUUGGUGCGGCUGAGACUGCGCUUGAAGAGUGGAUGAGAACACUUGCCAGCAUCAUUAGACGUCAAGAAGAUCUUCCAGAUUUGUUCUUUGCACAAACUGGGACAGGAACCCACAGAUUCUCACAGGGAUUAGCAAACUCUUUCGCCUUGCAUUUGCAACAGCUAUCUGCACCUUUCAAACAGAGCGAUAGGGCGGGUAUUUUUGUGGCUACAAAGGAAGAUUUGGUGUCAUGGUUGGAAUCAAAGUUUCCACCUUUAGUUGCUUCUCAAGUAUGAAACAUCAUCAUCUGUUAUCCUAAACUAAAAAGCAACAUUAUUUUUCCAAGUAAAGUUGUUUAUAACUGCAAUAGUAUAUUGAAUAUUUUGAUAAAGUUUCAAUCUUUUUGUAUUACCACAA